CUCCCUUUCUGUGCGACGCUUUCCCUCCUCCUUUUCCUUCCUCCCCACCAUCCAUCCAUCCACCUUGUUUCUCUUCCCACAGGUAAUUGGGACCUUCUCACUAUCCCAACCACCACUGUCACCACCUCACCUCACCUCCAUCAUAGUACAGCAUAUCCAACACAUACCCGCAAUAUCAAACCCAACUAUCCAAACCAAACCCAAACCAUGACCACCAACCCCAAACUCACCCUCCCCGCAACCUGCCCCGCCCUCCACCAAGGCGACUCGAACAACUAGUCCGAGGCCUCCUUCGCACUCUACACGCUCGUGACCCUGCCCCCUGUCGAUCUCACGACCAUCCUAACGACCCUAAACCUCCAAUGGCAAAGAGACAUGAUCCCCGAGGCCAUGUGUCUCGUCCGCACCCCCGGCUUAUACAACUACACCGGGCAAGAUUUCCAAGCCGUUUUACAGGCGCACACGAACUCAACAAGGAAUUUGUGCCGCGGGGGGCGACAUUCAUUGGUACCCGACAGCAUUUAUGUGGUUACGGGUUGGGAUUGGAAAGAAACGGGAUUGUUGUUUGUGUAUGUUGAUACGAAGGGAGAGUGUCCUCUGGAGAGGUUUUUCUUCAAGUUGAGGACGCGUAUGGUAUGUUGUUGGGGCUGAAUUUGAGGAUGUUGACGUUUGAGCAGUGUGCGAGGUUUUAUGGUUUGGAG